AUGAAGAAUAAACCUCCAAAGGAUCAAGAAUAUCCAAAAUAUAACACCACGGUGGGUAUGAAGCUUCAGUGUGGUGCAGAGUACAUGGAAGCUGAGCCAUUCAUUGAUCAGCGUUGGGAUCAGAAUUUUGGAGUCAGAUUAUCAGGUGGCCCCAGCCGCUGUGAAGGAUGGGUGGAGGUUUACUACAACAAGUCCUGGAUGAGAGUUGUUAGUGAAUCCUGGAGUGACAAAGAGGCCACAGUGGUGUGCAGACAGCUUGGCUGUGGCUCCAGGACUCAAAGUCCAAACCCAUCACAAUACAAAAGGGGAAAUAGAACUGAGUGUCUAAAAGGCCUUCAGUGCUCAGGGAGUGAAGAACAUCUGGGGAACUGCAGCCUUCAAAUCCAGGAAUUCAAAUGUGGAGACAACAUUGAUGCAGCAGUCCUAUGUGCUGAUCAGUUUGCCCUCAGGCUGGUAAAUGGAACAAGUGUCUGUGAUGGAAGAUUAGAGAUAUUCAGCAAUGGAUCCUGGGGGACAGUGUGUGAUGAUUCCUGGGACUUACCAGAUGCAAAUGUAGUUUGUCGGCAGCUCCAGUGUGAGACAGCUGUAAAUGCCAUAACUCCAGUCUCAUAUGGACCAGGAACUGGGCACAUUUGGCUGGACGAUGUGCACUGUCAGGGGAAUGAAUCAUUUCUGUGGAAAUGUACACAUCGAGGAUGGGGACAACAUGACUGCAGGCAUAAGGAGGAUGUGGGAGUAAACUGUACAGGGUUCAAGAUACUGAGGUUAACCAAUGGCUGCUCUGGACAGCUUCAGGUUUUCUAUAAUAACUCUUGGGGCAGCGUCUGUGCUAAUAAGAUGGAUGAGACCACUGCUACGGUCAUUUGUCGUGAGCUGGGCUGUGGAACUCUAACUUCUACCAUUCAUGAAGAAGAAUCAAAUUUGGACCCUGAUCCAAAGUGGUUGGACAAUGUGAAAUGUAGAGGACAUGAAGCUUCCAUUUGGCAGUGUCCCUCUUCACCAUGGGGUAAAAAUGCAUGCACCAGGAGUGAAGUCGCAAAUUUCUCAUGCUCAGGAGUUAUGAAAUUCAACACCAACACCCCAAAGCCCUGUUCAGAGGACAUUGCUCAGGAGCACUGCUCAGAGCCAACAGAUUUAAGACUGGUUGGAGCAACUAAUAACUGUUCAGGGCGAGUAGAAAUAAAGUAUGGAGAUACAUGGGGCACAGUGUGUGAUGAUGACUGGGACCUGAAAGAUGUGCAGGUGGUCUGCCGACAACUUCUCUGUGGGGAAGCAGUGAGUGCAAAACUGGAAUUUGGUGGAGGAAGUGGUGUCAUCUGGCUAAACAAAGUGAAGUGCAGGGGCACUGAGGCCCACCUGUGGGACUGCCAACAUGAACCACUAGGAAAGAAUGACUGUGAGCACAAGGAGGAUGCAGGAGUAAACUGCACAGGAUUUACACAGGAUAACAAGUCUUCAGUACCAAAAGAAGUCUCCAAAAUCACGGCUUCCAAAGAGCAGCCCUUUCUUGUGAUUGUCUGUAUUGUACUUGGAGCUGUUCUUUUCCUUAUAUUUGUCAUACUGAUUGGGCAGGUUCAAACAAAUAGGACGCUAAAGAAAGGAAUGGCCAUGGAUGAACUUCUUCCCAUCAAUAAUGCAGUCUAUGAGGAAAUUGAGUACAAAUUGGCCAGACAGGGAACUUAUGGAGCACCAAGGAAAGGGAGCUUUCUAUCUGAUGAGCUACCAUAUGACUAUGAGGACAUUGAGGAUGAUGACCAAGACCAUGUUUUAGGUGGGAAACUGGCUUCUUUGGAGGUGGGUGGCCCUGGCUACUAUGAUGAUACUGCAAUAGAAAAAAGUGAAGACCUAGCAGAAAAUAUAUCUAAUAAUGAGCUGCCUUACAAUUAUGAUGAUGUUGAAGAUCCUUUAGAAAACACCGAAAUAGAUUCUCAUGCUGCUGUGGAUACUGUCACCAACGCCAACACAGAUGCUAAUGCUCACGCUCACAAAGCUCUUUUCAUGCUGGCUUCUGCAGAUAAUCAGGACGUGAGGCUGAUGGAUGGAGGCAGGAUCUGUGAGGGGAGAGUGGAGGUGUUUUAUAAUGAAGAGUGGGGCACAGUGUGUGAUGAUGGAUGGGACCUGAAUGAUGCUGCCGUGGUUUGCAGACAGCUGGGCUGUGGAGAUGCUCUGUUAGCACCACCCUUGGCUAGCUUUGGACAGGGAACUGGGGAAAUUGUGCUGGAUGAUGUUUCCUGCACUGGGGAUGAGUCAGCUCUGAAUAUGUGUGCAUCAAGACAGUGGGGUUCCUCUGACUGUAAUCACGGUGAAGAUGCUGGUGUGGUGUGCUCAGGAAUGAUUUUGAUAAAUGGUAGCAGCCCAUGCUCUGGAAGACUGGAAGUGUUUCAUCAGAGUAUCUGUGAAGCUAACUUUGAUCAGAUGGCUGCGGAGGUAGUCUGUCGGGAGCUUAAAUGUGGAGCUCCAAAACAAUUUGGUGGAGGCAUGUUUGGUCAAGGAAGUGAUUCAGUUUUGCUAAGAAAAGUCCAGUGUUUUGGAGAUGAAAAUCAAAUUAUUAAUUGUAUAUCCCCUAACAGCACAGCAAACGGUUGCACCAGAAGGAAUCAUGUGGGCAUUGUUUGUGUUCCUUACAGACUGGUAAAUGGCUUCAACUCCUGUUCUGGUCGAGUUGAAUUUUAUUACAACAGGCAGUGGGGGACCGUCUGUGACCGCUAUUGGGACUUGCAGGAUGCCAAUGUAUUCUGCAACCAAAUGGGGUGUGGAUAUGCAAUUAAAGCUCUUGGACAGGCCAGGUUUGGAGAAGGACAUGGAGAAAUCUGGACAGAUAAUCUUCAAUGUGAGGGCAAUGAAGCUGACCUGACAAAGUGCCCAGCUCUCGAUUAUGGGCAGGAGGAGUGCACACAUAAGAAUGAUGCAGGAGUUAUCUGUUCUGUCCAGAAUUUUGGAGUCAGACUGUAUGGUGGUCCCAGCCGCUGUGAAGGAUGGGUAGAAAUUUAUUACAACAGGACCUGGGUGAAAGUGGCUGCACAAUCCUGGAGUGAUAGAGAUGCCUCAGUUGUAUGUCGACAACUUCAGUGCGGCUCUAGGACUCAAACACCAAAUUCCUCACAGUACAUAAAAAGAAACAGAACUUUGUGUCUAAAAGGCUUUGAAUGUCUUGGGAAUGAAAAACAUCUGGGGAACUGCAGCCAUCCACAGGAAAAUGAAUGUAGAGAAAGUAUUGAUGCUGCAGUUGCAUGCACUGAUCACUUUGCCCUUAGACUUGUUGAUGGAAGAGGCAUUUGUGAUGGAAGACUGGAGAUUUUCCACAAUGGGUCCUGGGGGACAGUGUGUGAUGACUCCUGGGACAUACAAGAUGCCAGUGUAGUUUGUCGUCAGCUGCAGUGUAACACAGCUCCAAAUAUCUUAGCAUCAGUUUCAUAUGGACCAGGAAGUGGACACAUUUGGCUGGAUGAAGUGCAUUGUCAGGGGAAUGAAUCGUCACUGCAGAACUGUGGACAUCAAACAUGGGGGCAGCAUGACUGUAAGCAUAAGGAGGAUGUUGGAGUGAACUGUACAGAAUUCAAGGUCCUGAGGUUAACAAAUGGCUGCUCUGGACAACUUCAGGUUUUCUAUAACAAUUCUUGGGGCAGCGUAUGUGCUAAUGGCAUGGAUAAGACCACUACUGCCAUGAUCUGUCAAGAAUUAGGAUGUGGAAAUCUUAGUUCUUCCAUUACAGAAGAAUCAUCAAAGCUGGAUCCUGAUCCAAAAUGGCUGGACAAUAUGAAAUGUAGAGGACAUGAGUCAUCUAUCUGGCAGUGCCCCUCUUCACCCUGGGGUAAAAACAAAUGCUCCAUGAAUGAAGUAGCAGCAUUCACUUGUUCGGGAAAUAAUCCAGUAAACACCAGCCACCCAAAGUCUUGUUCAGAGGACUUCACCCAGGAGCGCUGUUCAGAGCCACAGAAAUUGAGUCUGGUUGGAGGAACAAGUAAUUGUUCAGGGAGAGUGGAGCUGCUCUUUGGAGACACAUGGGGCACAGUGUGUGAUGACGACUGGGACCUGAAGGAUGCACAGGUGGUCUGUCGACAACUUGGCUGCGGAGAAGCAGUGAGUGCAGAGAUGGAGUUUGGCGGAGGAAACGGUGUCAUCUGGCUAAACAAAGUCAAGUGCCGGGGCACCGAGACUCAUUUGUGGUACUGUCAACAUGACCCACUGGGAAGGAAUGACUGUGAGCACAAAGAGGAUGCAGGAGUGAACUGCAGAGGUUUUGAAUCUGAUUUCAAGGCCCGAGUAUCAAAAGACGUCACCAUUGUGAAGACUUCCAAAGAGCAGUCAAUUCUAGUGAUUGUCUGUAUUGUACUUGGCGCAUUUCUCUUUCUAUUAUUAGUUCUACUGGUUGGACAACUGCAAAGAAAUAGAAUGCUGAAAAAAGGAAUGGCCAUGGAUGAACUUCUUCCAAUCCAUAAUGCAGUCUAUGAGGAAAUUGAGUACAAAUUGGCUAGACAGAGAACUUAUGAUGCACCCAGGAAAGGGAGCUUUUUAUCGGAUGAGCUACCAUAUGACUAUGAGGACAUUGAAGAGGAUGACCAAGACCGUGUUCUAGCUUUCUCAGAUAUGAAAGUUGCCUCUUUGGAUGAUGAGAUCCCUGGUUAUUAUGAUGAUACUGCAGUUGAAAAAACCGAAGACCUGUCAGAUUCUUAUGCUGGCAUGGAGUAUCCAUUGUCUCCUGAAUAUGAUGAUAUUGAGGAUGAGCCUGUUGGUGAAUAAAUCACUCUAACGUUAGACUAUGAUCCACAACACCUUCUACAGCAUGCUGAACACAACAAUCCCAAAUUAUGUAUCACAGUGGAUCCUGGUUGAUUUUUUAAGUUUUUAUUUUGCAAGAUAAUACUGUUAACAUAGGAAUGUAAGUCUAAUUCCUGUUUUUGAAAUGUAAAACUUGUUGAACAGAAAGUUUACAUCAUGAGGUAUAUUUUUGAAUGUACUCUUUAAUACCAAAGUAUUUGUUUCUCCUUUCAGGUCCAGUUUUUCAUGUUUUAAAUGAGUCUUUUCUUUUAUUUAACAAGCCCAAUAAAACAUACAGUAAACUGCUCCUUGUAAUUACUGUAUAUGUAGUCAGUGUUUUGGAUAAUUUACAACUUACUUAGCCUCUCAGAACCAAACCAUUGCAUGAGUGGCUUUGACUCUUUUUAAAAAUUUCCAAUGUCUGUUAACUUCUUAAAGUUCCUGAUACUCAGAGUAUGAAGACUGCUUUUCAAGAACAAAAUAGUGUUCUCCCUGGUUUUUUGAUUAAUACAUUCUAGCACUGACCAAAACUUGCUGUUUUCAGUUAUAAUUUAUUAUUAAGUGGCUAAGACCAUCAUCAUAGUUUUUAGGUGACCAAGACAUUGAUGAAUUAUUUUCUUUUUAGUCUGCAAAAUUAGGUUUCUAGCCUUAGACAAAAUUUUAGUUUAAGACCAUUGAUAUAUUUUACGCUUUAAUAUACUGUACAUUUGUUUCUAAAAUAUCUUUUAUGAAUUAAAUAGUAGCCCAGCUAUAUUGCUAUGUGACUAACAGGACUGCAUUGAUGUGCGUCUGUCAAAGGAAACAAACAAGUGAAGGAAGCAAUGUUUCUGCCUUGACUUUCGUGUUGUUAUUAUUCAUUAUGAAACUAAUUAAAAAUUGUCAAGAUCAGUUCAGUGCCAUCUCCUCCAAAACAACCUUUUUAGCUAAUAUGUUGCUGACUUUAGAAGACGUAGUGGGUGCAGUAUUUUAAAAAGUUAUUUCAGGAUUGUGGCUUUAUAAAAAAGGAAUCCUUCUGUAUCAACAAACAUUUUCAAUACUGUGCACAACUUGGUCAAAUAAUGUUUACAAUGAUCAUUUUUACAAGUUUAC